AUGGAUGACGAUUUCGUCAAGAAGCGCCUCGAGCGAGAUUUGGCCGAGCUCAAGAGAAUGUGCGACGAUCACUUCCAGAAGCGAGCAGCCGAUGAGGAGAACAUUACUGAGCUCGAGGGACGAAUGAGCGAGCGAAAGAAUCUCCGAGAAGAGCAGAAAAAUGCCCGAUUGGAAAAAGAAAAAGCCAAGAACGAGGCCGAGCGACUCGCCAAAGAAGCCAAGGAAAAGGCUGAAGAAGAGCGAAAAGCUAACGAAGCUGAGGAGAAGGCCGCGAUUCUUUCUGCCAUGUCCCAGGGCUACGACAAGGAAGCCGCCCGAAAGCGACGAGGCGAAAAGCGACGACUCAAGCGACGAUCUGCCGCCAUCAAGCAGGCCCAGGCCUAA